ACUUAACAGUACAGAGUGUUUGCCUGAUAAGUCAGGAUGUUGUGGUGCGGUGCUUGAUGUGACAGCAAGUCCAGUCGCAGAUAAAACUGUUCUGUAACCUGAUAUCCCAACUGGGCACAGUACAGUAGAAAAGACUCUGCAUCGCAGGUUGACUCCCCACCCCCAUCAUAUUACCUUAAGGUCCAGCUUGAAGCUUGUGUAAUAUUCUGAUUGGUUCGAGGACUCGAGGGGGUGUGACGAUGGGCGUUGCUAAGAGUAUUGUGAUCUCGCAAUCAGCUGUUUGUACGUUCUAUAUUCUGAUCCGAGGAUCAGCUGGGCGCAGCAAUAGCAUUAGGGAAUAUCUGCAGAAAUUCGUAAAAAAUAAGCAGAUAUUGUAAACUUAACACCAGUGUAAACGCAGUUUUACACAUUGCACUUCUUCUAAGAAGAAUAUAUUUUUAUUUGUAUUAUAGUGUAUUACUACCUCAUAUGAAGCUACCUAAAGCUAUGCUUUAAGAUUUUACUGUUGUUUUUACUGUUUGGUCAUCACGUUUACAACUUGAAUAAUACAGCAAGGGCAGGCCUUUGCAUCAGUACCAAGUAAACCCUUAAACUUACACUUGAAAGCCCUUUGGCUCAUUGGGAUUCCUGUGUCAACAAGGGCUUGAAUCAAAAGAGGCCAACACAGCAUUUUCACAGCUUUUAUUGUUAUUUGACCUUCGACCUGUUAACCUAAAAAAAAUAAAAAAGCGAAAAAUAAGAAAUAUUUCAAAAGGCAGCUUUCUCUCAGGAUCACAUCCACCCGCUUUACUACUUUGCUGCCCUCUACUGGCUGACGAUGUUUCAGCGCCUCAGCAGCAUGCUCUUCGGAGAGGUAGAAGAUGUGUCUGCCGAACUCAAGGGACCCAACCCGUGUGUGAGCGACGCUGACGAGGAGGGAUGGCUCCUGGUCAGCCUGCCAGAGAAUAAUGAUUGUGUGAUGCCGGGGGAGGGAGGAGCCGAGGCGCCCUCGAUAGCACAGUCCCUGCCCGACAAGGGAGCCACGGCCGAGACCAGCCCCAUGGAGGACCUGCUCAUCGAGCACCCCAGCAUGUCCGUCUACGUCUCCCCCGGAAACCUGUCCAUGGUGGAGGAGAGCGCCGCAAGCCUGGCAGGCAGCGUCAGCAGGAUGUGUGAGUCAGCCACGGCAGCUCUCCCUGCUCCCCGGACCAGCCUGCCACCAAGGGUGACUCGCGGGGCAGCCGCCCAGGCAGGGGCCCUGGCCAAAGUGACCAAGGUGUCGCGCGUCCAGCGCUCCAAGGCCCGCGUAGAGCGCCGCCAACUGGCUCGCAACCGCGUGCAGCGCCAGAACCGGGCCCGCGAGCAGGUGCCGCGCCACGCCGCCCACGCCCGCAAGAGCUUCCUGCACCAGCCAUGCCAGCGCAACAUCUGCCACUAAGGAGGAGGGGGUCGAUGUCCAUGUCGAGCCCACCCCCCCCCCCCGACAUCGGAGGAGCGGAGCCGUUUACUCAGAGGGCAUUAUCACCCCCCAGCUCACCCCAAAUCCUUUGCCCUUAGCCCAUAGAUAGCCCACAUAUUCACUCAUUCACCAGUAGAGCCUGCACAUUGUCCCUCCUCUAGAAAUAUCUUUAUUAUGUAUCGUCUGUGUUGCUUUAAAAUGAAUUUGUGUGAGGAGUAGCUGUUACCGUCCACAUAAGACAUAAUAUGGUACCGAGCAAAUUUUGUCCCUCCAAAUUGCACCAUCUUUACCAUCUCUUAUAUUUUACUCCCAUCGCGCCGUGCUUCAGGAUCGUUGCUAAGCCUCCUCUACGCUCUUAAUGAUGUCAAAAGCAAGCUUUGCUCAUUUUUGCUUCAGUGUCUCACACACCCUAAGUAGUCUGGCUGCAGGCCCUCCUCGAACGAGAGUCGCUGAGGAUACAAAAGAAAAAAAAGUUUUAGAUGCACCGUCUCUCUGUUAUGUAGAAGGUAGCCUUCCUGAUAAACAUGCUCCAUCGCGGUCAACAUAAUCACUUAUCAUGCAUUUAUCAUGGGACUUGCAGUAACGUAAAAGCAUACGCUCACCUAAUGAUGUUCCCCUGGGGAACUGAACCUAUGAUAUUGGCAGUGUUAAUGCCACCAUGUAACAUCUGACCAAUGGAAGAGCAUGUAAAGACAAUUCAGCGUUAGGCAGAAAGGGAGUGUGGAUGGGCAGAAGUUCUCCAUAGGAAAUCUCACAUCCUUUAUUUGCUUUUUAAAUGUUUGCUUUGGGAAUUUUGAGGACACGAUUUUCAUUAGUUUUGUUAAUUUAGCCUAAAAAAAAAGGGUUGAGUAUACCAAGGUGAUGUGUGGUUAAGGCUGACCUACUCCUCGGGAUUGUCAUGCGCGUAUCGCGUCUCACAGAUAAAAAUGGAGAGACAAGCCAAGAAUCUUACUUUAUUCAAAUGUCUUAACUGUGCUAAGGCGGAGGAAGGGUCAGCUCUUAGCCAACACACAGAGAGUGGAAAAAAGCAUGUAGAGGAAGGUGAGAGUGGGAAUGAAACAGACUAAAGAUGUCUCAGUGAUGUCGAGGUGGCAGGGAAAGAGUCGGUGGAGGGGGGGGGGGGGGGGGUGACAGGUAUUGGUAAGUCAUGUAGCCUUUAUGCAGCGGAUGGCUUAAAGGUUUUCUAACAAUUGUGCACAUUCUCAUCAGCACAAAAACAGACAAAAAUCUAGACCUCCAACAAACAGUGCCAUAACACAAGGGGACCUGUCCUUCCAAUACAAUUUUCAUUGAAUGUAUGGAAUGCAAUGUCCCCAGUGUUAAGAUAUCACUGACAUAAAUAGUACAUAGUUAAAGCCAGAUGCUGCAGCAGGUUACAGGGUAUGGUGGAAAUGUGAAGGUCAGGGAUGGCAUUGAGGGCGACACUUAAUUUUGUUUCAUUUAAUUUUACAUCUGAUCAUUUGUUGGUAUUAGAGCCAUUUGCAACCAUGGAGACUUGUGCCCAUCCUGCCCCCUAGCUGUUGAAAGGUGCACUUGCAGUGCAGAAAGGCCUUUCCUUUGUUGUAAUAGAGAUUCUGGUGCAUUCUGCUUUUAUUUCGAGAACACUCCCGUGCACAACACUCACAGUCUGGCUAAACCUGAAGAUUUACUAACUAUAGGAAAACAACAGUCAAAAUCAGGAGAAUUGAGGUCUUAUCUUGAAGACAAUACUUUGAACUACAGUCUCGACAUCACUAUUCCUGAGUAAAGCAUCUUUCGUCUUGACUGAAGACAUUAGAAUUGUGUGCUUGCGUUCACGUUCAUUUGUGCAUUACCUCGAUGUUUCACCUGGACUGUGGCAGCCUUACAGUGUGUCUGCGUGAUGCUUCUCGUGAUGCGGCGCGUCUCUGUGCUCAUCAGCGGGGUUGCUGGGUAUGGGCGCAUUAUGGGUAAAGAAGUCAACCUCCACACAGAAACCCAUUCCACUGAUGUCAUCUCCUUCGCCAUCCAUCAGUGUUACGUAUCCCCCUCUCUCCUUGUGUCCCUACUUAGCAGGCUCUAUGUGACAGUGUCCCCCACAUUGUGAGCUAGCGUUCAUGUACGUUUAAUAACUAUUAGACUAAUUAUGGUGCUGAAGUAUAUGAAUAUAUACAUAUAUAUAUAUAUACUAAAACUUUAUAUUAUUUAAGACUUGGAUGUAAGUUUGCACUGUCUAACAUUUUAUGGUGAGUCAAAGUUUUAGGUUUGUGUUGCGUGCUGAAUGUGUCUGUUUUGUAUGGGGUGGUAAGAUCUGUGAGUGUGAGAGGGUAUGCUGACAUGCACGACUUAACAAAAGAGGAGUUGAGCUAUAGUAAUUUAUUCUUCACGUUUAUGUAAAUAAUUCACCGCUUCAUACAGUUUGAUGUCAUUGCUUUCCCACCAUGUUCCCCACAUUGCUGAAGUAUGUCACAAGAUUUAUAAUUCAAGCCUUCUUGGUGCAGACCUAAUGUAUUGUUUCUGUCACUAUAUACUUAUCUGUUAUGAGUGUGGUAUGAAGUUACUCAAAAUCAUCCUUCAUUUUUUUCCAGUUUUAUUUCCAGACACAUUAGAUAUUGGGUUGGUACUUGUUUGUCGAUGUAACAAUACCCCUUGAGAGGGCAGAGGCUGAUAUAUGAUUUUCGUUUUGUUUAUUUAGACUUUAAUUAUUAAGGAUGUGUGCAUGUUAGAUCCUGUUUGCUUUAUAUCUCUCUCUCUGUGUCUGUUUUAUCACAUUCUUACAUCUUCACUGUCAACUUGUAAGCUCUCAAUGUUGGAUCAGAAGAAAAAGAACAAUGAACUUCCUAUAUAUAUAUAUAUAUAUAUAAAUGGGCAUAUAUUUAUAUAUAUGCCCAUUUAUUUUAUUGACUGUAUGUAUCUGUAUUUGAUUUGGUCGCCUGGAGAAUGUGGUGUGUGUGACUCAGCAGUGGUUCCCAUUGGACUGUGAUCAAAUGAUCAUUCAAUCUUUUCCGUGGUGGAGCAUACAGCAGAGGAUCCCUUCUGUCAUGUGAUCAAGUGAUCGUUAUCCCCAUCCUGUUGGCCUCAUUGGAUUUUGGGGUCCUAAUUUUAGGGCACAGGCCAGGGAGCAAAAGCCACUGAAUCUCCAAUCAUCAUAGAGGAGGAUCGCUGGGAUCCACCGGAUUCAAUGGGAUCCACCGGAUUCAAUGGGAUCCACUGGAUUCAAUGGGAUCCACCGCAACGCUGCCUCUCCGGCUCAUUCUGCUCCCCUUACUUGUGACUGUGUUCCUUGUUGUUUGUGUUAAGAGUUAAUGAGAAGUGUGGGCUGAAGAAGGGCAUCCAGUGGCCCAUAUGAGAGCAGAAUAGAGGUGGGGGACUGUAGAUGUGUGUGUGUGUGUGUGUGUGUGUGUGUGUGUGUGUGUGUGUGUUUGUGCGUAUGUGUAGCCAGUGGGGAAUGAAAAAUAGGGUGGCAAGGGUUAGAUAUUGAUUUUAAAGUAUAUGCUGACAUGAACCAUGAAAAAAAAAUUAAAAAGCAACAAAACCAUACAAAAAUAUGCUUGCUUGCAAUUAUCCCAUGCUGUUAUUUAGGACAAUUGUUCACCUUAUAUAAAGUAAAAAAAAAGAAAAAGAAAGGGGUAGAAUAUCAAAUGGGAUUUUGUUUUUUUGUUGAUUCAAUUACUCUGCGCUCAGAGAUGAUGGCAGCUUUUGAAAUAGGUGUGAAACCUAUUUCAAAAUGUAUCCCCUCCUCAAGAACACCCCCUUAAAGUACGUAUAGAGUUUAAAAAAAAAAUUAUUGGUGUAUCUGAUAUCUAUGGUGAUUGUGCCUUUCACUACUCUGCGUGGUUUUUGCUGACUUUUCCAUCCCCAAUAUGGGCAGAAGCCCACAAGCAGUAAAGACCUAUGCAAACAAUAAGAGUGGGGUUCCAGCAUCCAUUCAGAAAUGCAGGUACCGGACAAAAAAAACAAACAAACAAAACAAUAAACUCUCAGGUUGA